UUUUUCCAGCUAGGAGGCUGGUAGAUACACGCAUAGUUGUAGGCUACCACCGCGGAGGAGAAGCGUCACGUGUACAUUCCACUCACAUGUAGAAGUUGCCGCUGCAUGUGGGGGAGCGCGCGCUGUCAUGGAACGAAAGUGUGGGAUGAGCUAAUAUUUUUUGCUGAUAAUGUUUUAGCCCCGGAGCAUUUUGCGGAGAAGGAGACAAUACCAAGCGGAUGGAACAAUAUUGGAGAAUGACCUAUUUUCAACGGCCAAUAAAUCAACCUUGUUGUCAAGAACCCGACUGACGGGUGCACACGGGGACAUAUAAAAGGGCUGUCGGCGGCUUUUGAAGAUGCCAACUGGCAUCUGCUUGAGAAAUAGUGGGCUGCUUGAGAAAUCGUGGUAUAUUUAGAAUAAACGUAUAGCCUAGGCUGUAGUCUCACUAGCCUGCCUAUAUAAUAAUGGGAAUAUUGUGUAAUUUCAUUUGAUUACACUAUAGCAGCAUUCUCACGCCACAGGACACAAUUCCCACGUGCGGUUUUCAUAAUCCAACAUCUGAGCAAUGUUUUCCCUGCGGCUCCCAGGGAGCGGGGACUGAGCUCACACAUUCACACGUGCGAGCUGUUCGUUCCGCUGCCUCCGUCAGAAGAUCCGCGCCUCGGCUAUUUGAAAUGAGGACGGCAACCCGACCCGUGGCUGUUUGAAACUAUAGGCCUACUCGGCAUCUGUGGCACUACGCUGAGUGGGACGCUAUCUGCAGUGAUAGGGAGGAGGACGAGUCUGCUGUCCGCUAUACCCCAGCCUGGUCCCCGCGUACCGUACAGACAUGGAGCCGCUACCGGAGCAGAACUGCACCAUGUCAAAAAAGAGAGCUAUAGCUAAAAUAUUCAAAGUUCGCAAGAGGAGACAGAUGCUUUUCGUUCAAGUCUGUUUUAUCUGCAGUUUUCUAUGUUUGGCAUGGUGCAUGUCCGCCCUGCUCACAAAAACAGGACAUGGUCUGGUCCUGGAGCAGGGGCUGGCUGACACAUCUGACCAUCUGGGACGCAGGCUGAUGGCCUUGGACGGGGACAAUAACACACGGGAUAAGAAUUGCACCGAGCCAGCCAUCAAUGAGUUCCCUGAGGAUAUCUUCACCACCUACCAACGCACAAGAGGAGCUCUCCUGCUGCACAUAUUUGCGGCCCUGUACAUGUUUUUGGCAUUGGCAAUCGUCUGCGAUGACUACUUUGUGAUGUCGUUGGAGAAGAUCUGUGAGAAACUGGACCUGAGUGAAGAUGUGGCAGGAGCUACGUUCAUGGCUGCUGGCAGCUCAGCACCAGAGCUGUUCGCCUCGAUUAUAGGUGUGUUUAUCACUCAUGGAGAUGUGGGUGUUGGAACCAUAGUGGGCUCAGCAGUAUUCAACAUUCUAUGCAUCAUUGGUGUGUGUGGAAUCUUCGCUGGGCAGGUGGUGUACCUGACUAAGUUUGCAGUGUUCCGUGACUCGUUCUACUACACUCUGUCUGUGUUGGCAUUGAUUGCAUUCAUCUAUGAUGAGAAGAUUGUGUGGUGGGAGAGCUUAGUGCUGGUAGUGAUGUACUUUGGGUACAUUCUGAUCAUGAAAUUUAACACCAGCAUCCAGAACUAUUUCUCAGGGAAGGAAGACAAGAGCUUGGCCAACGGUAACACGGUGAUCAGCAGCGAGCUGGAGGAUGGUAAUGGUUGUUAUGACAGUUACAUAUGGGAUGAUCUGUCCAAGCCGUUACUCUCUCCAGGUAAAGUGAAGCCCACUAAGAGGUACAGUCGUAGCUCUGUGGUGAUGGUAGAUGAGAUUAUCAACUCCAGCCCUCCUAACUACCGUUUCCCCGAUGCCGGCCUGCGCAUCAUGAUCACCAACCACUUUGGCCCCAAGACACGCCUCCGCAUGGCUAGCCGCCUCAUCAUCAAUGAGCAACAGAGGUUGGUGCAGGCAUCUAACGGUGUGGACAACGUGACCAUGGUGAUCACUGAUGGUAAACCUGAGACCUUGGAGAACGGCACUGUACCAGAGGACAAGACUGUUGAGGAAGAGGAGGGAGAAUCCCUGAAUUCACCCUUCACCGUCCCUGGGGGCUGCAGGGGGACAGUGAAGUGGCUGAUCUCCUGGCCCAUCCUGCUGAUACUCUACUUCACUGUGCCAAACUGUGCCAAGCCUCGCUGGGAACGCUUCUUCAUGCUCUCCUUCUUCCUCUCCACUGUGUGGAUCGCCGUCUUCUCCUACUUCAUGGUCUGGAUGGUCACCAUAAUUGGCUACACUCUGGGCAUCCCUGAUGUGAUUAUGGGAAUCACCUUCCUGGCAGCUGGCACCAGUGUCCCCGACUGUAUUGCUAGCCUGAUCGUUGCUCGACAAGGUCUUGGGGAUAUGGCGGUUUCCAACACCAUUGGUAGUAAUGUCUUUGAUAUCUUGGUGGGACUGGGGCUCCCCUGGGCGAUACAGACCAUGGCUGUGGACUAUGGUUCUGAGGUGAUGAUCAAUAGCAGAGGGCUGGUCUACUCUGUGGUGCUUCUUCUGGGCUCUGUGUUUCUGACAGUUCUGGGGAUCCAUGUGAAUCAUUGGAAGUUGGACCUGAAGCUGGGUGUGUACGUGCUGGUGAUGUACGUCAUCUUCCUGUGUUUCUCCAUCAUGAUCGAAUACAACGUGUUCACCUUCGUCAAUCUGCCCAUGUGUCUGGAGCAGCUGUAGGACGGCCUACACCACCAGGCAGGUGUCCAUGCCGAAUUAUAGACUCACAUAGCCCUCUGAAUCUAAACUUAGCCACUAACUACUCAAUCAUUUCUAUCCUGAAAUCCCCCUCCCCCCCACACACACAUACACUUCUUUUACACACCUCUUUUUCAUUCCAGAUGUAAAUGUCUGCCCUUGCUAUAUCCCUUUUCCAUUCCUUCACUAUCUAUCAAUAAUAUAGAGAUCCCUGGAUACAUAUAUUCAUUCACAAUAUAUUCAGUUCCCCAAACACUCUCCCUACAUGUUUUUCUGCUGUCAAUGAGAAGAGGAGAUACCAACAGAACCGUAUGGAUUCUCCUUACUAACCCAGAGGAACCGAAGGCUACUCUUCGUCUUUCCCUCCAGAACCCAACUCACCGUCCAAAGGAGAGAUACACAGCUCACCUCUACACAGAACCCAUCUAGCUGAAACCCUCCUAGUCUUCACAACAUAACCCAGGACCACCAUUACACUUCCUAUACUUCCGUCCUCCUCUGUUUGUAUCUCAUCCGGUCUCAGAAAUAUUUUUUGGGUCAGGCAGCUCACCGACCUUCAUCCCUACUAAAGAAAAGGACCCAAGCAUUUAUGAAUUCUUCAUUUAUUGCCAUUUUGAUUUAUUAUAUUAUAUUCUUCCUUUGGAAGUAAAACAAACAUACAUUUCAUGAACAUACUGCACUUUAGAUGUUGCGCGUGAAAUGAAGUAGUGUAUAUAUAUGACAUAAUAUAUGAUAUUUUUCAGUGUUACAGUUCUUCCUUUGCGUGGUUCAAUAAGGAGAGAGAGGGGGAGGCAGCAUGUGCCAAAUCCUAUCUCUCUCUCGCUGGCAGGAAGAGGAGAGUCCAGGGGAGAACCUGUCAUUCUUCUGUUUCUGGACACUCCAACUGCAAGAAACUGCUGACCAAGACAUUGAUAUGCCGUUUCCUGUGUUUGAGUGUGAGUGAAAGUACGUGAGACAUUGCAAGGAAGGGAGGAGAGUCUCCUCUGUUAGUAUUCAGCACCAAUGUGGAGAGGAGAACACAUCUUGGAAGACUAUGCCCCAUUGGUGCUUGGUGGAUGCUGAUUUAACACAAAACUCAAGUGGACCGAGAGAACAGAACUUGGGCCCGGGCCCCUUUGGCUGAGGAAAAGCAUGGAUUUAUUUUGGCCUGCUGUAGGUUGGACUGCCCCAGCCAGGCUCGUCCUCCUGAGUCAUGUUGAUUUGUUUUGAUUGCUUAAUUGUGUGUUUGAUAUCUUCAGCUCCUUCAGCUUGUGUUCUGUCUGAGGCCCGUUCCAUCAGAUACAAUACAGACCCAUUCAGUUUCCUCACCUCCCUGUGCUCCAGCCUGUCCGUCUCGGCGGGCUGAAGAGAUACUGCUGAUGAUGGGGAUCUGUGCUUCACAAUGGUACACUUCUUUGUGUUGUGUGUUUGUUUAUAUGUAAAUACGACCUGUCAUGCACAAGCUGAGGUUCUCCCAUUGUGAAUCCAGUGCUACCUUAAUUCUGCCAGUUGGGCAAGGCAGGGAAAGUGGGAUGCAGUUCCUGUGUAGAUAUUUUAAACUGCUUCCGUCUUUCCCCUACCCUGCUCCAAAUCCUUCUCUUCCUCCUCCUCACUUCUUUUUCUCCUCCUGGCUGUCUCUCAUUGUGAUUUUAUCUUCUCUAAAUGCACAGUGGGACAUUUAUUUAUUUCUCCUGCGGAGCAGAAGCUUAGCGUGAUGGGAUCACUACCCUGUCCGUCCGUCAACCUCCAAAUAUUGGCAGCUACGAGUUGAGUUGCCCUCCACCCAUCUGACUGACCUUGUUAAGGGUCGUGUUCAUCAGGGCACACAAUGGAAAACACCUUAAACCAAAAAAGUGUUUCUUAUUGGACAAGUCUAUGUAGCUGCUUCCUGUUUCAGUCUGUUUUCUUCCGUUUGGUACCUAAUGAACACAACCCAGUUCAGGGGUCACUAUGGGAGCAGAGGGUGGCACCUGUGUCAAUGUCAGUCGUGACUGGGUGUUUCAGUGUUGAGAAGUUCUGUCACUGUUUUCUGUGUUAAAAGGCAGACAUUGGAUGGAGUGUAUGGUAUAUACACUCAGUGGCUAGUUUAUUAGGUACACCAAUGGUUAGCUCCUACACACAGUGAGUGACUUAGCCAUGGCUUACUAUAUAAAACAGGCAGACAGGCAUCGGGGCAUUCAGUUACUGUUCGAUUGAACGUUAAAAUGGUCAAAACUAGUGACCUAAGCGACUUUGAGCGUUGUUUGAUCGUCGGUGCCAAGUGCGCCGGUUCUGGUAUCUCAGAAACAAACGGCCAGCCUUCUGGGCUUUUCACGCACGACAGUCUAGUGUUUACCGAGAAUGGUGUGACAAACAAAAAACAUCCAGUCAGCGUCAGUCCUGUGGGCAGAAACAGCUCGUUGAUGAGAAGUUGAAGGAGAAUGUCAAGAAUGGUGCAAGCUAACAGACGGGCCACAAACAGGCAAAUAACAGCGCAGUUCAACAGUGGUGUGCAGAACGGCAUCUCAGAACGCACAACUCUUUGGUCCUGGUCACAGAUGGGCUAUUGCAGAGACGACCUCACUGGGUUCUACUCUUAUCAGCUAAAAACAGGAAGAAGUGGCUCCAGUGGGCGCGAGAUCACCAACACUGGACAACUGAGGAGUGGAAAAACAUCACCUGGUCUGACAAAUCCCGGUUCCUGUUGCAUCAUACUGUUGGCAGAGUCAGGAUUGGACAUAAGCAGCAUGAGUCCAUGGCCUCAUCCUGCCUGGUGUCAACGGUACAGGCUGGUGGCGGUGGUGUAAUGGUGUGGGGAAUGUUUUCCUGGCCCACGUUAGGUCUCUUGAUACCAAUUGAGCAAUAUUUCCAUCUCCUGAAGAAUUGAGGCUGUAGUGGAGGCAAAGAUUGUCCGACCCAGUAAUAAUAAACUAGCCACUGAGUGUAUUAUAUAAACACAUGUAUGCAAUCUCAAUUAAAAGAGGACCAGUUAAGGGUGGUACAGUAUAUUAUGCAUUUGAGAUUUUUUUAUUGUAUUGAAGCUGCUGAAAGCAUUUAUACUAUACAAGUACAUGCACUUAUGCACACACAUUUAUGCAUGCACAAAACACACACACACACUUGUCAAAUGUUUACUCCCCAUGCCCAAAGUACACAUACACAAACACACACUUUUCAAAUGUUUACUCCCAUGCUCACACAGGCAAUCUCAUAAACACACACACACUAAAUAUAUUUUCUUGUCUCAGUGGUAGUAGCUGGUGCAUUGUUAAAUGAUAAGUGAUGAUCUGAUCUGACAGGAGGGUAAUGUCAGUGUUGAACGAAAGCCAGAUGAAUGUUGCUACGGUCGUUUUAUUAUGGUCUGAGUUAUGAUGUCACCUACACCUUAGGUGCAUGGUAAAUAAACAAACAAACAAAGGGCGGGCUCUAGUACUGGUCUGGGUCAUGUUCAUUACAGCACGCAAUGGAAAACAUUUUGCAAUAGAAACCAAAAUAAUAAUUUCUUAUUGGACAAGAACAAGUAGUCCCCUCCAUGUUUCAGUCCAUUUCUUAAAUGUGGUGCCUAAUGAACACGACCCUGGUGUGUUAAAGGCAGGUGAUAUAAGACAAUGGUGCCUUGCCUGUGCCCUGGAUAUUUGUCCAUCCUCUUACAGUCUCAUUGAUGUCUUGUGUUUUAUUAUGUACUGUAUAUUCUUAUUGUAACCGGGAUAGAAGCAUCUACUCCUGUAUUUUUCGUGUGCAACUCUUAACUCCAAGAAACAAAAAAAAACAUUUUGAAAAUUGGUCUUGGAAAAGUGGCCAUACGUUUUCAAAUCUCACUUGAUUUAUUCCAUCCCUAAAGCAUUCUACUCAUGUCAUGAAAAUAAUAUAAUUUUGUGCCAUGGGUUUUAGUUGUUGUUAUCACAUAUGAACUAAGGGAUAUGUGCAUUUUUUGUAAUCGUAACAAUACAUUUUGAAAUUAAUGGAUGAGCAGAUCUCUAAGUUUAAAUAAUUUGUCACCAGGUGGGGCUGAGGGUCUCCUGUAGGGUCAUAUCCAUGUUGUCAGUAAACAAACAAUGCACUGAUGUUUAUCAUAGCUCUAUAAAGAGUAUAAUAUCUCACUAAAUACCCACUUCUGUUGGUGUAUACCUUUGUCAAAGAGAAACUUUGAGAAGUCACCAUUAAACUUGACUGCACUGUAUGGCAUGCAUGAACACAACACACACACACACACACACACACACACACACACACACACACACACACACACACACACACACACACUUUGGCUCUGUUGUUAUACACACAAUUGUGAGAGACUCUUGAGUGAAUGUGACCUGGUUCACUGUGAGUGAAGGGUCGUAAGGUAAUUCAUCAAAAUUGAUAAAGCUAGGCUUUUGAGUUAUUACAAAAACAACUUAAAUUUAAGACAUUGGUGUUUAACUUGAAUGUAUUUGUCUUGCUAUAAAUGGAUGUAUCCAACCAAUGCAUUUUACUGUAAAGCAAUAAUCAUCAAAGGAUUUCAAAAUAUUUAUGUAUAUUGUUAAAUGAAUCAUGGUUAUCUACGAGAUGGAUGAGCUGGAUGACACAUUAAAUAAUACUGUUGAUAAAUGCCUACUGUUCUCUUUAAAAUUGCUUUCUUUGAUCCUACAAUGUGUACUUAUACUGAACAAAAAUAUAAACGCAACAUGUAAAGUGUUGGUCCCAUGUUUCAUGAACUGAAAUAAAAGAUUCCAGAAAUGUUC